CUUCAUCCGUCACUUUUGUUCGAGUACACAACAUUCGUGAUAAAAACAAAACAAAUUGUUCUUGAUAUUCCUUGAAUUUUUGAGUUUUGUUUAUCCAUAUCAGUUGCAUCAUUUACUGAAAGCUCGUACCAAUGGCGCUUAAUGUGGAUAUAAAGCUACGGAGAGCCAAUAAAAUCUAUUACGAAGGGGAAACUAUUACUGGUGUAGUUCAAGUAUCCAGCAAUUCGGAAACUAAACACGAGGGCAUUGUUUUAUCACUGGAAGGACUGGUAAACCUCACGAUUAGUAACAAAAAUGUGGGAAUAUUUGAAGCCCUCUACAACUCGGUGAAACCUAUCAUCUUGCUCAAUCAGCAUACUGAUUUGGCAUCAUCUGGUAAGCUGCCGGCUGGAACAACCGAAUUUCCAUUUGAGCUUCCUUUGAUUUGCUCAAAAGAACCGAAAAUUCUCUACGAAACAUAUCAUGGAGUGUUUGUCAAUAUAACUUAUCUCCUGAAAUGUGAAGUAAAACGUAGUUUUCUCGCGAAAACGGCAUUCAAAACGCAACAAUUCAUCAUUCAAUAUCGACCGAGCUCUCCACCGGAGAAGAAAUCCGAAGUCAGCUUCUCAAUCAGUCCUGAUACACUGCAAAAAACGGCUAAAGAGCGAAUCUCAAUUCCUAGGUUCCUAAUAACGGGAGUGCUGGAUUCGACGGAAACCUGUGUCACUCAACCAUUUACAGGCACUCUGACGGUACACCACACUGAAGUACCUAUCAAAUCGAUUGAAAUUCAGCUUGUCCGAGUUGAAACGUGCGGCUGUGCCGAGGGCUACGCACGAGAUGCUACCGAGAUCCAGAAUAUCCAGAUAGCGGACGGAAAUGUUUGCCCCAAGGUACCCAUUCCAAUUUAUAUCACAUUCCCCCGGUUGUUUACGUGCCCGACACUGAUAACGAAAAAUUUCAAAGUCGAAUUCGAAGUGAAUUUGGUAGUAAUCUUCGGCGAUGAUUAUUUGGUGACGGAAAACUUUCAGAUUAUGUUGAACAGAACUGCCUAAUAUUACGCAAAUUAAAAUAUUUGUAUCAAUUUCCCGUUGUAUAUGUAGAUGAAAAUAAAUUGUAUAUCAAGGUCUCAGUGAAGAUCACUUACGUUA